AUGGCGGUUUGUUCGUCGCCUGCGUCCUCCGUCUUCUUCUUCUUACCCAGCACUUCUCGUCCCUCAUACUGUCCUAAACUCAAACAUCCACGACCCAAGAUCUCUCCCUUUAGUUGGGCUAUCUUGAGGAAAGAUAGUUCGUCUCCGGCACUUGCCCACCCGGAAGGACCGAGGGGAAGCGAUGUCGCUGAGCCACUUGCAUCUGACUCGUUUUGCUCCAGCAUAUCUUGCUCCUGCACAAGAAGGCGAUUCAUUCAAGCAGCUGCAGCAACGGCUUUAUUCCCACUAUGCCCCUCCAACGCCUCCAAUUCAGAGUCUGAUUAUAUGGGUGUGUUGAACAAGGUUCACCCUCCGAGACCGGAUUGGUACGAGGAGUUCUAUGCAUCAGUUAUGGAGACAAGCAUGAAAUCCUAUGAAGCCGAGGUUACAAGUCGCAGUUGUUUAGUAAUUUGAAGGGGAAGGCCCAGAAAGUAUUGG